CAAAGCUAUGCCAUUGCGAUAUACACACUACACACAAAGGAGAGAAAGCUUUGGUUUUUGUACACACCAUGGCCUUCUCAGCAGAAAAUCUUCUUUUCAUCGCAUCAACAUCCCCAGUUUCCAUAAUCAGACAUUCAAAACCCACAAACUCCAACAUAGACACCACCCUCUUGCCCAAACCCUCAUCACUCUUCCCUCUCUCACAACAACGCGCCAUCUUGAGGACAAACAAGCGCUGCUCCGCUCUCUCCCAAUCCCCCACUCACCCCGAAUACAUUCCCAACCGAAUCCCAAACGAAAACUAUGUACGAGUCGUGGACACGACCCUACGGGACGGAGAACAAGCUGCGGGGGCGUCCAUGACUCGGCUAGAAAAGCUGGCCAUUGCACACCAGCUGGCGAAGCUAAGAGUGGAUGUGAUCGAGGCGGGGUUCCCGGCUUCGUCCAAAUAUGAUUCGGAGACAGUGAAGCGAAUAGCAAAAGAGGUUGGAAGCCGUGUUGACGAGUGCGGCUACGUGCCUGUCAUAUCUGCAUAUUGUAGGUGCGUUCGUAGCGACGUUGACGCUGCAUGGGAGUCGGUGAAGGACGCGACGCGCCCGCGCCUAUGCAUAUUCAUAUCAACCAGCGAAAUCCACAUGAAGUAUAAGCUGAACAAGACUGCCGAUCAAGUUCUCGAACUCGCGAAGGAGUCGGUGAGGUAUGCCAGAAGCCUUGGAGCUCAGGACAUUACGUUUGUCUGUGAAGACGCUGGAAGGUCUGAGAAGGAGUUUCUAUAUCGAAUAUAUGGGGAAGCUAUCAAGGCCGGAGCAACAACUUUAACAUUCACAGACACUGUUGGCUACAAUUUCCCCAGCGAAGUGGAGCAAUUUGUUAAGGACUUGAAAGCCAAUGUAAUAGGGAUCGAAAAUGCAAUCCUAUCCAUGCAUUGCCAUAACGAUUUUGGUCUCGCUAAUGCCAAUACAAUAGCAGGGGCAUAUGCUGGUGCCAGACAAGUUGAAGUUACAAUCAAUGGCAUUGGUGAGAGGGCUGGAAAUGCUUCAUUAGAGGAGUUUGUGAUGGCCGUCAAAACUCGUGGUAAGGACAUACUUGGGGGACUUCAUACAGGAAUAAAUACAAAGCAUAUAAUAGCCACCAGCAAGAUGGUGGAAGAGUACAGCGGAUUAUCUGUACAACCACAUAAGGCUAUAGUUGGAGCUAAUAUUUUCUCUCAUGCCAGUGGAAUUCACGAGGAUGGAGUUCUUAAAAACAAGAGCACCUAUGAGAUUAUUUUGGCUGAAGAUAUUGGCUACGUCCAUUCUAAUGACGAUGGCAUUGUCCUAGGAAAGCACAGUGGCCGUCAUGCUUUGAAGUCUCGCCUCUUGCAGCUUGGCCAUGAUCUGGACGAAAAGAAAUUUCACGAGGUGUUUGAACAUUUCAAGUCAUUGGCUGAGACAAAGAAGAGUCUUACGAAUGAGGACCUAGAAUCAUUGGUUUAUCAGGUGGCCAUUUAAUUCCCUAGCCGCCAAAGAGAAAAUCCUCCAUUGUCGAUUCUGGGCUCGGAGACAAUCCUUCUUGAUCCCUUUCCUAUCUUCCCCUCUUUUCUUAUAUUAUUUUAUAAGAUUUUCAUUUAGCAGUUGUGGUUGCUCUUUCGAUCUAAUGAAGAGAACCUUCAUGGUCGUAGCCGGUCUCUCACUCAGUCGAUGAGUGCUGUGUGCGCGCUUUUUUGUGGCUUGUACACUUGAAAAGAGACUAUUAGUAGGAAGCUAAACCUUUAUUGAAGGUGAGUCAUAGCUGGGCUUCUUUGCUGAUAAUUUCAAGAUCAUAAGAGGGUGGUGUGGUACUUUCUUCAUAGUGCCUUCACGGUGGUUAUUGCAAGGUUCAAUCCUCAUGAGUGUUAUCUUUCAUGUUAGUUGAAUUAAAAUCAUUUGUGGCUCAAGAAUUGUAUUUUAAUUAUUUGAAUUUUUAAUUGUAGACUUGUGGUGUUUUGGAUUUCCGAUUGAUUUUUUUCCCAAGUAAGGUUUGCUAUUGGGAUCACGUUUAA